GUGACACGUGAAACGGAGUAGUGUGAUGUAAUCGACACGCACUACACCGAUAACACAAGGCGACCUGCCUUGUUUCUGCUAGUGUGGGUUUGGUCGUUCGAGGGUGAAGAUGGCUGCCCGUGAAUUUGACAUAGUUAUUUUUGGUGCUACCGGCUUUACGGGUCAAUACGUGUUCGAAGAAUUAGCUCGACUGUCUAAAAGCGAAAACGUCAAAUUUGCCUUAGCGGCCAGAAGCGAAAACAAGUUAAAAUCUGUGAUCGAAAAAUCAAAAGAGUAUCUGCAGUCUAUUGGUGAACCAAUAGAUGCAGAUAUACCUAUUAUCAUUGCUGAUAUUAGUGAUGAAAAUUCACUGUUAGAAAUGUGUAAGAAGACCAAAGUACUUUUAAAUUGUGUAGGACCAUACAAUUUAUUUGGAGAGAGAGUUGUUAAAGCAUGCCUUGCUGCUGAAACUCAUCAUUUAGACGUUAGUGGAGAACCACAGUUUCUUGAAGGGAUGCAAUUGAAAUAUCAUGAAGAAGCAAUUCAAAAAGGAAUUUAUAUAAUUGGAGCAUGUGGAUUUGACAGCAUUCCUUGUGAUUUGGGAGUAUCUCUAGUUAAAAAAAAGUUUCAAGGUGAUCUCAAUUCCGUAGAAACAUAUCUUGAAUUUAAUAGUGGACCACAGGGUGAAACCAUUAACACAGGCACAUGGAAUUCUAUAGUUUAUGGAAUAACGUCUAUGAAUAAGACUAAAGAAAUUAGGAAAGAAUUAAAUAAGACUGUUUUUAAGAAAAGACCAAACUUUUCACAUCCUUUGUCAAAAAGACCUGUUGUCUUUAAAAGUGACAUUACAAAUAAGUGGUGCAUUCCCUUUCCUGGAAGUGACAAAGCAGUCACAUCCCGAAGUCAACUUUUUAAUUACAAUUAUAAAAACGAAAGACCGGUGCAGAUACAAACAUAUUUUGUGACAUCAUUAUUCAAUUUAUUUUUCAUUUUACUGAUGGGAAUGAUGCUUUUUAUUUUUUCACGUUUCAAGUAUGGCCGAAAACUCUUGGUAUCUUAUCCACAUCUGUUUUCUUUUGGUAAGUUUAAAGAAGGGGGUCCUUCAAGACAAGAGAUUAAGGAAUCAUCCGUCACUACUGUGUUUUGGGCUGAAGGGUGGAAGGAUAAACUGGAUGUUGACAAACAGCAUACAGAACAACCCAAUAAGAAUAUGAAAGUAAUUUUAACUGCACCUGAUGCAGCAUACAUUACUACAUCACGCUGUCUAGUCAAUGCUGGUGUUGUGUGUUUGAAAGAAAAUGAGAAAAUGCCCGGAAGUGGUGGUGUCUUAACUCCGGCAGCUGCUUUUGAAGAUACUUCGCUAUUGGAACGGUUACAAAAGUCAGGAAUGGAGUUUAGUAUUAUAGAGAAGUAAUGACAGACUGUUCCACUGUUCUAUUCCAAUUCAACAGAAAAUAUUAACAAUUUAAAUAUAUCAAAUUUCUGUUGAUGGGAACAAUUUUUUUAUGUUUGAUGUUUUGCCAUUUGUACUAAGAAAUCUAAGUCUUGAUUUGUUACCAUAUGUUAAAUCUAGAAUUGCUUUUCAGUCAAGCAAUAUUAAUUAUUGAUUUAUGCACAUAAGUAAAAAUUACCUGUGGUGAAAUAAAAUGGUUUAAUAUUUUCAUGAAUGUUCUCUGUUAUAUACAUAUAUAGCAUUUGUCAAUUGUAAGAAAUUUAAAGCGCAAGAUAUAAACUUAGUUAAGUUAUGCAAAUUAGUGAAAAUCGAUUUUCGUGUUUGCAUAAAAAGUUGUGCCUUAUUUUUGAGAGGUGCAUGAGUGUUUCAUAGGGGGCAAACGGCACUUGCUCCCCUGGAAUGGAAAAAAAAUUUUCACAAAUUAUAAUUAUAAAAAUGAUUGCUGUGUGAUCUUAUACUCUAGACCAGUGUUUCUCAACCUUUUUUGGCCAUGCCCCACCAAAGCAUCUUUAACUAUCUGUUUAGCAGUUACUAUUUACAGUUCAUAGACAAAUGUCGCUACUUGUUUAUUUAUUUUUUCGAAAACGUAAACCUAUUAUUAUUAUUAUUAUUAUUACUACAGUAGAGCAUUGAUUAUCCAAAAGCGUUCCAGUUGGCAAAUUCAAAUUUUCCGUUAGGACAUACUCAGGAUAUUAUGACAAUCUAUAGAUAUCCUAUAUUUUCCGAAGGGCCCGAAAACAUUGAAAUGAUCCAUCUGCAAAUAUCAAUUUUUCUCAUAGUAGUCGGAGUGGAAGAAACAUUUUCUGGACCAAUUUAUUACGUUAUCGAUCAAAUCGUUUUUUGCCUUUUAUUGUAUUUAAUUUUCUUCUUAAACUGAGACUAAAUAUGGAAAGAUUGGGGGCAUGAGGUCGCGAUUAACUAUAUACAAAUUUCUGGGCUAGAUAUGAAGACACGUGUUGUUUUCAAUUGAAAAAUUUUCCCCAGAAUGGAGUUACACAGAUGACUGCAACUCUGUUAUCGGGAAAAGUAUGAUUUACAGGGGCAAGACACUAUUAAUUUGAUAUCGAGAGGAUAUAUUUUACAUUAAAUAAAAUAUAAUUAAAAAUUGCAAUCCAGCAUUAUGAAGAUGCCAGAAUAAUUUUUGCUUGUUUUAUAGUUAUUUUGUUCUUAUUUAAAUAAUUUUUAUUAAACUUUUGAUUUUGUUUAGUUGUUACCAUG